AUGGCUGAGAACGAGACAUACAAACACGCCGACAAAGACGGUCACUUCCGACGUAAAGACUCGGUCUUUCGCUCCUGGGUAUCAGCAUCCCCUGACGCUGACUUCCCCGCCGAAAAGGACCGCUAUGUGCUAUACCUAAAUUACGGAUGUCCAUGGGCUCACAGGACGAACAUCGUACGCUCCCUCAAGGGCCUCGAAGACAUCAUCCAGCUAGUCGUCUGCGACUUCGAACUGGGGUCCCAAGGCUGGUUUUUCUCCGAAUCCGGACGGAACGGGUCAGCAAAGAAAGACCCGCUGUAUGGAUUUACGACGAUCAGCCAGCUCUAUUUCAAAGCAGACCCGGAGUAUAAGGGACGAUAUACGAUUCCCGUGCUGUGGGAUAAAAAGAAGGAGACGAUUGUAAAUAAUGAGAGCAGUGAGAUCAUUCGCAUGUUCUACACGGAGUUUGAUCACUUACUGCCCGAGGAGCGGCGCGAAGUGAAUCAGCCUGGUGGCGGGCUGUAUCCCCCUCACCUGAGGGGUGAGAUUGAGGCGAUGAACGAGUGGGUAUACGACCGCAUCAACAACGGGGUGUAUAAGACAGGUUUCGCUGCGACGCAGGAGGCAUACGAGGCAAGCCUGCACCCGCUUUUCGAGGCGUUGGACCGCAUCGAAGGGCACCUCGCCCAGCCCGGGCACCAGCCGUAUCUCUUUGGGGAGCAUAUCACGGAGGCAGACGUGCGGUUGUAUACGACAAUCGCACGGUUCGAUGUGGCAUACUACCUAAUCUUCAAAUGCAACCUGAAGAUGAUCCGACACGACUACCCGCUGAUUGACGCGUGGUACCGACGGCUGUACUACGACGAGUCGGAGAAGACGCGCGGAGGGGCGUUUGGGAAGACGACCUUCUUGGGCCUUUACAAAUUCGGCUAUCUGGCGGCGCUUGGCAAGAAACAAAGCGUUGAUAGCUCCCAGCUGAUUGUGCCUGCUGGGCCAAAGCCCGAUAUCCUGCCGCGUGACGCGUAGAUCCGGUUUACUAUCAUCCACCGGCUUAUUUUGAGUUGUAAACGGGAAUUUGCCGUCUCCUUGCAGUUACGAAGCCCUGCGGCUUGUUAGCGUAAUGCAUAGCGUGUGGUUCGUCA